UUAGUUACUUAUAAUAAAUUCCAAUCUUUUUUUUCGUUAAAAUUAAAAAAGAAAUAUAAAGAAACCAGUCAUCACAUUAUAGCAUUAUAAGCAAGCGCAUUAUAAAUAGGAAUAAUAUACUAGCACGAACAAGUUAUAGAAGAUAACUAAAAAUAUACUAAUUAUUUAUACAAGAAAGUCAAAAGGAGGUUUAGUGUAUAAACAUUGAUUUUGCUAAGCUUUAGUGAACCAUAGCUUAGAAGCAGUAUUAACUUAAUAAAAAAAUCUUUAAUACCAACUUUAAAAUCAAGCAUAAAAAAUUACAAACAUCAUAAAAAACUAAUAAGCAUGAGCAGUAAAUCUAAUAAUAAAAAUUCUCUAGAUCAUUCAGUGCCAUCUCCUAAAAAAAAUUAAUCUUCUAAUUACUACUCUUAAUUGCUAGGGAGAACAAAUUCACAUUUGCAUUCAGGAUUUAUGAGUCCCUAAAUAAAUUCUAUUAAUGCAAUUCAUUAAAGCUAAACAGCAAUGACAAAUUCAGUAUAAGUUUCAAGUAUUUUAUAUUCUUCUUAAAAUUAGAAUAGUAUAAAUUCAGCUUUUUAAAAUUCAGCAAAUAUUGGGACAGCAAUAAAUUCUAUUUAAAAUAUUCCUAUAAAUAUAGAGAGUAGCUAGAAAAAUACCAGUCAAGUUAAUAGCUCAACUGCUUAAUCUAAUAUGAAUAAUAGCAAUAAUAACUAUAAACUAACUGAUAUAUUAUCUACUAGAUACUCCUCAGGAACAUUGAAAUUAAUAAGAAAUGGAUAAACAUCAGUCUCCAGUAAUCCAAGAUAGCUUUCUAGUGAUGCUAGAUAAUUUGAUGGAGGUGGAAGCCAACACUCUAAUAGUAAUUAAGAUUUUAAUCAUAGCCCCGCAAAUAUACAUAACAAUAAACAAGCAACAUUAAAUAAUGUGCAAUUGAGCCAAAGCUCAUUCAAUAAUACAAAUAUACCUAGCUCUAAUUUUAGCAGUAUAGGUAGUGCUACUUCCUAAAAGCAAUAGCUAAUGAAUAAAGUAAAAAUAUAGUUGUCUUCAUAGCAGCAAUAAAAAAAUUAAUAAUUUACUACACAACCUCAUAGUUAAAAUGUACAUAACAUCCACACAGGAUAUGGCACACAUUCUACCACAAAUUAAAAUAUAUAGUCAAAUGCUAUAUCUCCUAGAACAUUUUCAAAUUUAGUCUAGGAUAAAUUAAUGAGGAGCAAACUCUAGAGUUCUUAGUAGCUUUAAACAAAUGCUUUAGGAUCAAGUUAGAGUUCAGUAAAAGAUACUAAUAAAAACGCUUUAAGUCAGUCUAAACGACCAAAAUCCCUCAAAUAAAUAGAAAAUGAAUAUAAUUCAAAUUCUUAAAAUCAUUAAAUGAUUCAUGAAUAAAAUAUGAAUAUCCUUGCAGGAAUGACGAGUAACAAUAGGAAUGGAAGCGAAAAAAAUUUAUUAAGGUCCUAAUAAAUGGCUGGAUAAAUAGUUUCAUAAAAUGUACCAGCUUAACAAUAAAUAAAUUAACAACAAAAUUAGUAUUAAUAGCAUGUGUAAUAAAUCUAAGCCAGUAAGAUAAUGUUGAUGUAACAAUAAAAUAAUGCCCAUAACAGUGCUAUUGCUUCUGAAUAGUUAAAUAAUUUAAUAAAUACUUAGACAAAAAUCACUAACACUAUGACUCCUUCUACUUAGACAUAAGCAAGCCAAAAGUAAGAAAUAAAUAUGACAAAACAUCAAACUAGCCAUAGUGUAGAAAAGUUUAGGGGAUAAAGCGAGUCAUUAGAUACCCAUAAUAGAUAAUAAGAAACUGCAGUCCAUCAAGUUCAAAAAGCUGUGGGAAAUAAGUAGCCACUAAAAAAAGUGUCAACAACAAUUCCUGAAACUAGUAAAAAUAGAAAUAAAAAAAAUAAUGAAUUUAAUUAAAUAAAUAACAAUUACAGAGGUAGCUUUAGUAAAAAAUAAUAAUAGAAUUCUACUCUUUAAACUAAUUUAUCCAGCUCUUAACAUGGAAUUACCUUACAUUAAAAUAACUAAAAUUCAAAUUAACAAUAAUUAAAUAAUACAUCUAAUAAUACUAAUAACAAUUACAUGAUUUCAAAUAUUAAUAACCAGGCAAACCAAGGAUUAUCUAAUAGUUAUGUUAACAAUCAUUUAAUAGCUAAUUCAUCAAAGUAAACUCUAACAGCGAUUACACAAAGAAUACAAUAAAAUCUAAAUACACUUACAGAUCCUAUUCAUUCAAAUAAAGCUGCAACUACUCACUAGAAUAUAAAUAAUCAGUAGGUUAUCAAUAAUUAAUAAAGUAAAUAAAAUAAUCUUCAAAACAUAGACGAUAUAAUAAAUAAGGUAGAAAUUAAUUAGCAAGACAUGAUGAAGUAUGAAAAAAGAGAGUCUUCUGAAAAAAACAGUUAACCUAACUAGCCAAAUAUAUCCCCAAUAAGCUCAUCGAAGACACAUAAAUAAACAAAUAGUCUUUCGGAAUCUAAUAAAAACAGUUAAUAAAAUACACUUCAGAGAGAAGAUAUCCAAAAUUACUAACAAACUUUAUAACACUCCAUAAAUUUACUUGUAAAUAGCACAUAAAUUAACUCUAAAAGCAGUUAGUAACCUCAGUUAGAGUAAAUAAAUUCUAAUUCAAAUACUCCUCAAGGAAAAUUAAUUAAUUAAGGUCACUAUAAACAUUAAACAGUUCAAAGUAAAGAUGGAGCUAAGCACUAAAUUUAUUUCAUGAAAGAAAAGGAUAGAGUUUCUAAAAAAAAUGAUUAUGGCUAAUAAAAGAAUAAGAGAAAGGGAGAAUAGUCAACUCCACACUCAAAUAGUUAGGGUUAUCCUCAAAUAUUGAUGAGUAACUCUGCUUUAAAUUAAUCAACAUAAGGACAACUAGCUUUAUCUGCCUUAUAAAAAUCUUCAGGCUCAAUAACAAAUUCUGUUAAUCAUAAUUUAUUGAGUAGUAAUAUCAUGAAGUACAUAAAUAAAUAAACCAACAAGAAUGAAGAGCAUUAGUUAUUCGAAUAGCCAGGAUUAAAUUAAAUACAAACUUCUUAAUAUUUAGCAAAUACAAAUAAAGAUAGCUCCUCUAAGCAAAGAGAAAGCCACGUUUCUUAGUAAAAUUAAAACUCAGAAGCAGAAAAUCACCAUGAAAAAAAGAGUUCUUUACCUGAAGGAAAUUAAACUUUUAAAAAAGUUUUUGCCUCUACAGAAGGUAGUUGUUAUCUUUGGGAUCUUAAAAAUUAAAAUGAUGAGAUCAUUCCUUAUAUUAGUCCUAAAAACAUAACAAACUAUAGCUCGCUAACAGGAUAGAAUAAACACUAAGAAAAAAAUAUGAGCAGUAUAUAGGAGGUGAACAGCUAUUAAUCAAUAUAAAACAAGAAUUCUUCAUAAAAUAUGUCUAAUUCUAAACAAUUAUCUAAUAAACAUGUUGUUCUUUCAUAGAAUGCGUUUGCAUCACCCAUCUCUCCAAAUUUAUAAAACUAAAAUUAGCAAAUAGGAAAUUCUAUCAACCAAUCGAAAUCAAUUAACGAAGAUUAAUUAAACAGCAAUGCGACUAUUUAAGAUAAAGGAAAAUAUUUUUAAGCUUUGUUCAACAAUCUCUUUAUUAAGGAUAAUAAAAAACACUUUUUGGAAAAAGCUACUGCUUAAGAUAAUGUUCUUGCUAGCAACUCAAAUUCUCAUUAAAAGAGUAAUACAGAGUAGUUUAAUAACUUAUCUUAAGUAAAUGAGUCUACAUAAAAGUAGCUGACCAAAGAUUAUCCCUAAUCAGAUUAAAAACUAGAAGAAAUUCCUUCGAUGGCUUUAUCUUAUAAUAUUAAGAAUUAACUUAAAAUGUAAACGAGCGAGAUUCCAUAGAUUAAACUGUACGCAGCUAGUGCUGAGACAUCUCCUCCUCUUGUAGGUUAAAACUAUAAUGUUGAGUAGAUAACUUAACCAAUCACCUAAAUUAAUAGCUAAUUUGUUUGUAUUAAUCCUUUCAAUUAGCUAAAAAGUUAGGUUUUAAGAUAAGGAGAGCAAGUAAUAGAAAAACUUAAAGAAGCUUUUCAAAAAGAUAACUAAUAAAAUAACAACUCACGUCAUAAUGGAGCUGAAGUAUCUUCUCUUAAUUCGUCAUUAGUUCAAAUUAAGAGCAGGUAAUCUUUAUAUUCAUAAAGCGAGUGUCAACUAUAGAAUUCAAAUAGUAAAAACAAUUUAUAAGCAAAUCUAAUUGAAAACGAAAACAAUAUCAGUUUUUCAUAAAAUAAAUUUUAAUACAAUCCUAAUCUAGAAUUUAAAUCCAUCUAAAAAAAGACUGAAAUUAUUUUAGAUAGAUACAAACAAAACUCUAUCUAGUAAGCGUAAUCAAUAAAAGAGUCCAACAUUCGGAUUUCCGAAUUAAAUUAAAUCCUAAAAGAGAAGGAUAAUUAAUUGUAAGCUCUUUAAAAUUUGCUUAAAGAAUCUGAAAAUUUAAUAGAAAGUUAAAAAUAAGAAGUAAAUGAAAAAAAUGAAUUCAUUGAUUUACUUAAAAAUUAAAUUUAAGAUAUUCUCUAAAAUCCUCAAAUGUACUAAACUACUCCUAAGAAUAGUGGUAAAACUUUGUAAUCAUUUUAAAACAACAACAACAAUAAGAUUAAUGUAGUAAAUAAUUAUGUAUCUUCUCCUUCAGUAGCUAAUCAUAGCAGCCACUCAAUAAAUAGCUCUUCACCAAAGCGUUUGAUUAAAAACAAUAAUUACCUUUAGCAUCCAAGCUUAUAGCCAUUUAAUGGGGCAUAUUAUGCUUAAGAAGGAUUUGCUAAUUCAUGUUCAAAUUAACAAUAAGUAAGGCUUUCUCUUCCAGUAUUCCCUUAAAAACAUUUUGGAUUAUCAGCUGAAACUCCAACAAAUAAAUAGGAAAAUUGUUUAUUUUAAUCUCACAAAGACUUAGAAGAAUCAGCAGACUUCACAGGAAAUAAAGAUAAUUCAUUAGAAUUAUUAAAAAGAAAAUAUUAGAUAAAUUCUCUUAAUAAAAAAUAUUUAAAUUAUAAUUCUAUUUAAGUAGAGAUGUAUGGAUCUAAGAGCUUAUAAAGCAGCUAAAAAAUGCAUAGCAAUAAAGAUCAACAAAAAGGAAAUCAUAACUAAAGCCCAAAUAAUGGAGAUUAAGAGAAUGAUCCACUUAACGACAGUACUAAGCUUUUAAAGUAAAUUUCUAAGAAAAGCUCAAAUCAGCAUGUCUAAAAUCUUUCAAAUAAAGAUAUUUAACUUUCCGAUCAUUCUUGGCCGAAAUAAAUACAAUAGUAGAGUUUAGAUUUUACUAAACACAAUUAUGAUUAAAAUCUCAAUGUCAACAAUAGCGAAUAAAAUAAAUUUAUAGAAAAUCAUUUUAAUUUUGGGAUUUAAGGAUCUUUUUCAAAUUUAUAAACUGUAGAAAACUAAGAGGAAAAUAUCAAACAUGAAUUCUAAAACUAAUAAGUACAUAAACAAAGUGAAGCCUUUACUCAAGCUACACCAACUAAUUCCUAAAACUAAACUUUAACAAAUCAAAAAGAAAACUAACCUAAUUAGAGAUACUAGAAUAGACUAUUCUCAACUGACCAAGAAGAUUGCUAAUCAAAUAAAUGCAGUAAUAAUCCAUUUAAUCAGAAUGAUAGUUUUAAUACAGGAUUUGCUCAUUUUGGAGGAUCCAAUGAAGCUGAAGCUAACUCUUAGAAUAUAGAUAAUAGUUUCAAAGAAUGUUGUUUCGGCCAGUAAUCUAACAACGAGCAAAUCUUUUCAUAAUCUGAUUUUAAUAGCAACAUGAUGAAUGUAUAAAAUGUAGUUGAACAAAAUUAAAGAUUAAAAUCUCAAAAUGAAGAAAUAAUCAGUGUAAGUAGUAAAUCUAGUUAUUGUUUUAAAACAGCCAGUGGUUGUAAUAGUCCAAAUAUGAAUGAUAGUUUUAACAAAAAACAAUCUUAAAUACAAUCAAACGAAAAUAAUCUUUUAAAAGAAAGCUCUAAUUUCAAUUAGUUUAAUAAUAGUUUUAACAACAACUACAAAAAUGAAGAAGAAGAAGAAUAAGAAGAUUAAGCAGCACAUGUUUAGUUUACCAACUCUUCUUUUUCAUAAAUCCCAGAUAUUAAUCAAGUGUAAUAAAACUAAUUAUUAAGUUAGAAUAACAAUAGACAAAGCUUUUCAGGAGACAAUUAGAUAAAUAUUUCUUUUGAAGGUGGUUGUGGUUUAGUUUAUUAGAAUGAUGAAAAAAGAAUUGAUGAAUAUGAACCUAUCUAAUAUUAAAAUUAAGAAUAAUAGAAUGAAGAGAAUUAAUUACAAUAGGAAGAAGACUAAUAAGCAGGCAUAAGCUUUGCUAAUUAAAGUUUUGGCUGA